AUGAUUUAAAACAAAAGCAAUAAUUAUUCUCAAGCUGGAAAUCAGCAAGAGGAGCACAAUUUCAGUAGUUAUCAUGCAGAGACUGUGGAAUAGAAUUACUAAUUUUUUGGAGGGAUGAAUAAUCGUGAAGAUAUAACAAUAUAACAUUAAUUGGAUAACGACAACUAGUACUAACUUUAGCAGAAUGAACUAGAUCUUCUAGGAGAUCGCAAGAGCGUUUAGGUAAAGCCAACAAACUAAUUAUUAAACUAGAACGAACUAAUUUACGGUAAUCAGCCUAUCAAUGAUCUGGGAAAUAAUGAAGCUUUUUAAAAUCAUGAAUUCAACUCUAAUUCUUUAUUGGAAAGCAAUUCACCAAAGAGUGAUUAGAGUGAAUUGUUAGCAGACGUUCAUGCACGCAAGAACAACAUAGGGGCACUAAGAAAUGUGUAUUCUAAUGAUAAAUCAACAGCUGCAAACUCAGUAACAUCAACUCCACCUUUAUAAGCUGCAAGAGCACCUUCAGAUAAAAAUGAGGAUACCUUAAAUAAUAAUAACAAAUCAUUAUCAAUUAGAGUACCUCAAGACUUGGGGGAAAACAAUGACUCUCAAUUAGCUUAUGGAUAAUCGAUUUAAUCAUAAAAUGGAAAAAGAGGACGAAAAUAGACUGCUUAGAGCAACUAAAGCAAGAGUUAGCGUGAAAAUGAAAGCAGAGCCAAGUAAGGUAAUGAUCUAAGGCAAGGCCGUUGGUCUAAAGAAGAGCACUUCAGAUUUUUGGAAGCAUUGAAACUUUAUGGAAAAGAAUGGCGGAAAGUACAACUUCAUGUGAGAACAAGAACAAGUACUUAAGCACGAUCACAUGCACAAAAGUUCUUUGUCAAAAUCGAGAGGAAAUAAAUUGUUUUCGAGGACUUUAUAGAAAGUUUAGACAUCAACAACCUAGAAAAGGACAUGCUUUUUUCUGAUCUUGAUGAUGAUGAUGAGGAGCCCAUUAAAAAAUCAAGUUCAAAUGCUGUCCGCAAGGAGAGCGGUAGGAGUCUUAAUGAUAGUGAAAACUCGAUACCAAAAUAGCCAAAAAACCAAAGAAAGAAGAGUGUUAUGAAUCAUGGUCUGAUUGGUUCAGAUCAAGAAGAAAACAUAGUUUCGGGUGGAAGUCCUAGAAAACUGACAAACAAUUUUGCAUAAUAAAAUAAAUUUGCAGAGGGGGCAUAUGAAUUGGAAUCUCAGAAAUCUGAUAAUAAAAACGAUGGUGGUUCACCGACCAGAACAAUUCACAUGAGAUAGUCUAAGUCAAAUCACUCAAUCCUUCAAAAGAGGUACCGUGAAGAUGAUGGAGGAUAGUCCUCAAUUUCUAUCGCGAUCCCAACCUAAAAUCAUUAUAGCCAUACUAUUAACUAAGAAAUUGAAGUGAAAGUUGAAGCAAUCAACCAAAUUGAGCCAUCAAAUGUCAUGGAACAGCACCAAUAAAAUCUAAUUGAAAGGAAAGGUAAUAAGAGAAGAGUAGUUGAGAAUAGCAUAUAGAAAUAGGGUUAGUUCUUGGAACCAGUAGGUAUAGUUCCAUCAUUAACGAAGUUUCAAAGUAUGCAACCUCAAACACAAUCGAAACAGCAGCCCUUGAUACCAUUAACGCCCAAUCUAAAGCACAGUGAUCCACUAAAUAUUAGACUAUACGAAGAUAAGCAUAUCUUCAAGAGAUCAAACUCCUAGAAUGAGUUCGAUUUCUUAACUUAGAAUAGCGUUGGCCUCAACUUCCUAGAUUUCAAUGAUAAUUCUCAUAUGCCUCAUCUAAACCCAUGCAAUAUAGACAAUGAUUUCUUUGGUCUGCAACAUGAGACAAUUCAACUAGAACCCUCAGCUAUGCAUCAACCAUUUGAUAAACCAUUCUCAACUCCAUUUCCUCCUUUUGCUAAUCUUAGUGCUAGCGCACUCCCAACAACCAUGGGUAUAAGCUAUCAGUAAUAACUUGGAGGUGCUAAUGGACAUUUCUUAGGAAAUACCCCCUGUAUGAAUUAAAUCAACUAAUUUAUUGGCCGUUCUUACGGUAACAGCUUUGACUUGUUUGAUGGAGGAGAUCACCAAGAAAAGUUGAUGGAUAUGAAUGGAGAUAGCUAUUAGAGAAUGAUUGGCUAGAGAAGCGGAUUUGAUUCUCCGACUCCAAACUAUCUUAGUAAUCCAAAAUCCACACUUCCCAACUUCAACCCAAAUUAAUUCGGUAACUUCAACGAUGGAAAAUGA